AUGAAGCAAUUCUCCGCCCUUCGCUACUCCCGAAGACUUCUCUUUGGGGGUAUCGGCACAGGCGUCUGCUACGGGGCCUUUGCGGCAAACGCCUCUACCAUUCGGUUUGACUCUCGGCGAAAGCAAUCCGCAGCAGCCCCGACUCAGUAUGCGGCGAAACCUGUGGAACCGCUGUCUUCUCCUGAAAUCAUCCGGCAAAUCUCUUCUGGCAGUGUUGUUGGCUUUGCCACCGGUCUUGUUGUUUCGGUCUUUUCUCGCACUCUUGUGUUACUUGGCGGAGUGCUUACAGCAUGCUAUCAUCUCGCCUCUUCAUAUGGGCUGCCCUUGCCGAGAUUUCUUAAUUUUCCCAAGUAUCUCGCAGAGAGAGUUCCUCUUCUUAGCCAUAGCACAAGAACUGGAUGGUUUGUUGCAUCGUUCGUUUUAACUUUUGUCCUGUCGGCGUUUGUAAGCCUCUAA